CCCACCCGUCCUGCAGUAGUAGUCCAUCACCUCCCAACGCGCGUCGCCGCCGCUGUCUGAAACCUUGACCUCCCCGAAUAGACGGCUUCCGAGCCUAUGAUCCCCGUUCCCAAUUUCACUUCCUCCAUGGAUCGACGUCACGCAAUCUUCUCGAACCCGUAAACACUAUUCACUCGCUAUCUACUGUCCUGCCGUAUGCCCCACGCUUCCGUGCUGUAGACGGAAAAUGGCCACGCUAGGGUCGCCGUCGCCCCCGUCAUCCCCCUCGCGAGCCAUGCGCCGCCGUGGAUGGGCAAGGAGAGUCGAGCGAUACUGCUGUGUGGCAGUCACUUACUUCCCGCUGCUUUUUGUCUACGGCUUGACCUCAUGGGCCGUCUGGGUCGAGGCCGGAAUCGGUUUCCUACCCGCUAAAAACCCUUGGACAGGCAAACUCACUUCUUUCCUCGGCGUUUCCCUCUACAUCUUGCUCAACUGGAGCUACACCACCGCCGUAUUCACCGAUCCGGGCUCGCCGCUGAACCUCAACAAUGGCUACACCCACUUGCCCAUGCAGGAAGAGGGUGGUCCCCAGUAUACUUCCUUCACCGUCAAGACUUCAACCGGCGAUUUGAGAUAUUGUAAAAAGUGUCAAACCAAGAAACCCGACCGUUCCCACCAUUGUUCGACAUGCAAACGUUGUGUCCUGAAAAUGGAUCACCAUUGCCCAUGGCUGGCUACCUGCGUCGGUCUAUACAACUACAAGGCUUUUCUCUUGUUUCUCACCUAUACAACUCUUUUCUGCUGGGUCUGCUUCGUGACAUGCGCGACCUGGGUCUGGACAGAGAUCAUAAGUGACCCACAGAUUUCCGAGUCGUUCAUGUCCAUAAACUACGUUCUGCUGGCUGUUCUCGCCGGUAUAAUCGGAAUAGUCCUCACGGGCUUCACAGGAUGGCAUAUAUGGCUGACUGUUAGGGGCCAGACGACUAUUGAGAGUCUGGAAAAGACCCGAUAUCUUUCCCCCAUACGAAACUCCAUGCGGGACCAGCUUAACGAUCGCAACUAUAUCGAUGCGCAGGCCAAUGGUCGGGCAAGCAUCAGCGACCAGCUGCGCGAAAUUCAUGCCAAUGCUCUUCCUGGUGUUACCAGACCUGAAGAAGGCGAAUCCACUCCGCAUUCGCGCUCUCCAGAGCCCACAAGCGCGCAUAUGAGCAACGGAUACUCACAUCAUAGUUACAGUUCUUACGAGCAGCGCGAGCGUCAGCACGAACAGGACCGCUACGCAUCAUACCUCGAGGAAUUAGACAACGAGCGCUUACCCAAUGCAUUCGACCUCGGCUGGAAGCGCAACCUGGGCCAUAUUUUCGGUCCUUCACCCCUUCUUUGGGCCAUACCUGUACGAACCACCACCGGAGAUGGAUGGUCCUGGGAAGCAAGCCCUGAGUGGGUAGAGGCUUGCGAUCGCGUCAAGCAGGCUAGAGAGACGGAGGACAGGAUACAAAAGCAGCGUGAGCGCGCAGCUGGUUGGGGCGUAGAUUCACCCACUGAAGCAGAGUUCAGGCGCACCGGCCACCCACCUCCACCCGAGGGAUGGCAGAUCAAACGAUUCUCCCCACCACGUUCCAGAGCCCCUCGUAGACCAGAGUGGCAGACAUCACGACGCCCCGGCGAUGACUCCAGAUAUUUGACCACGUCGAACGGCAUUGUCUCGACGCCGCAAGUUGGGCGGCGCAGCGCCAGCAAAGCAGACCAGAUUCUUGGCAGGGAAAGUGGCAUGUACGCCGAUGGCGAUGUCCAGCUUCAGAACCUCGAUCGCCGCAGAUUCGACCAGUACAACUAUAUUUCUGACGAUGACGAUGACGAUGAUUACGAGGAAGAUGUGGACGCUCCCAAGGCCUCCACGAAUGAGUCGGCGAGCCGCGCAAAGACACCCCCUCCACCCAGAGUUGUCCCGCUCCCGCGAGGUACAAAAGAUUGGAAUGACAUACCCGAUGAUUUCUUGAAGGUCCAGGGAAGGCCGCCACCGGUUCAGCCGCGUAGGCAGAGCAAGAGUCCCGAGCCCACGGCUAAUCAUGAUUCGCCGUCAUCCGCGUCGAUUAAGAAACCCAAUGGCGCCGAGUGGGAUGACUGGGGCCAGGACAGUUGA